AUGAAUUCCCAAGCAGAAGUAGAGCAAUGGGAAGCUCUUGACCUUGGUGAUUCUGAGCUCCCGUCUUUUCUUCGCCCUUGCAAACGCAAAUCUCCAUCAAAGUCGCUACAACAGAAUCCAAAGGCGGGUUUUAAUAGUAACACAAAUCACCAUCAGACUCUUCGCCGCUGCUCUUUACCGGACCAUUCUGUUGAAGACAGUUAUUCCUGCUCCUUAAUUCCAGGACCUGCUGGAACUGUUCAAGUUGCAAUCCGCAGAAAGAUGAAUAAGGAUCCAAGAUCGUUCAAUGAGCACNGAGAACCAAUUCCAACUCAAGAGUUCAUACGUAAGGCUGCUGCUGAAGAGCCUUAUUGGGAAGACAAGGAUUUCUCUGAGGACCCGUGGGUCUCUGCUGUUGAUUACGUUCAAAGUGAAGGUUUGUUGAGCAAGGGUGGUGGUGCUAUUGGGACACCAGUGAGCGAGAUUAAGAGCGGAUGUGGUAGUUGGGGUAAGGUCGAUCAGAUCGUGGCAAUCGUCAAAACUUGCACUCCAAAUGGUUUAGGUGAUGUCAUGGUGACUCUGAAGGAUCCCACUGGAACAAUCGAUGCCAGCGUGCACAGGAAAGUUAUAUCUGAAAGUGAGUUUGGAAGGGAUAUACGAGUUGGUGCAGUGGUGAUACUUAAGAAGGUUGCAGUCUGUGCUCCUUCACGUUCGUCUCGCUAUCUUAACAUAACACUGAAGAACAUCUCCAAGGUUAUCACUAAGGAUACUCCUGUUUUACCAAAGCAGAACCAUUCUGAUACGAGUGACAAGAAUCCUGUUCCAGUGAACGAGAAAGAGGAAUAUUUGCGAAAGCAACCCAAAGUGUUUCCUGUGGAGCAAGGAACUACUCAAGGAAUCAUGAACAAUCUAAGAAGACAAAAUGGUAAAGAAAGCAGUGAAGCACUCAUUGAUGUAGAAAUGAAAGAAACUAAUGCAAGCAAAAAUCAGUUUGAAGUUGGAAUGGAUCGGGCUCUCUUGGGAAAACGUGCUUCAAUCAGCCAAACGGAAAUUGCCACAAACAGAAGGACAACCUCAAACACUCAAGAACUGCAACUGCACGAAGAUGUAGCUAAUAAUGGGAGCUAUACAGCAGAUGACUUCAGACCGGCGAAACAGAUGCGUAAAAGUGGUGAGCAAGAUACUGUAAUGAAGAACUCUGAUGAAGCUACUUCUGAAUCCAAGGUCAACAAAUCUCAGCCCAUAGCGUCUUCUAGCUCGGUGCCACAGUGGACGGAUGAACAACUUGAAGAACUCUUUGCCUUUGACUGA